UAUUGAUAUUUCAGGCUGAAUUAAAGGUUGUUCCCUGCUUAAUGAAUGAAACUGAAGAUACCUCGGAUACAUUCAUGUGCACACUUAAAGGAGACGGGGACACAUGUGAAGGCGAUUCUGGGGGACCCGUGUUUUUUCAGCAGGAGGGGCAGUUCAUACAGGUCGGAGUGAUUAGCAGUCGAAAUAGCAAUAUUUGUGGAGAAGGAACAGGGUUUAGCACUGAUCUUAAACUGCUAGGAGAUUGGGUGAGAGAAAACAUGGAGGGCAAGUUUGACACCUGGAUUUCAGUAGGAGCAGAUGAUACACAAGUUGAUCAACAGAAUGUGGAAGGGCGGAAAAAAUGUAAAAGAACUGAAGGAGGAACUUCUCCUGUGAAUGAAAAAAAACAGAACAAGGGAGAAGUUACUAAUAGUGAACUGGCCAAUGAUGAUAUUAUUGUUAGUAAUCAAGGCCAAGUUACUAGUAGUGGUUGGAAAUACAAUGAGUAUUCAACCACAAGUAAGGUUUUGGACUCUACUCCUACAGUUCCAAGUAGUGGGUGGGAACACAUUGAGUCAUUAGAUUCUACUACUUCGGAUUUAAUUAACAUUGAGAAAGGGGAGACUGAAAAGGAGAGGGAGGAGAAGAAGAAGAAUGAGGAGAAGGGGAAGAAGGAGAAAAGGACGAAAGAGGAGGACAAGAAGAAGGAAGAAAGGAGGAGAUGA